CAAGACCAUGUCCCCCGGGCCUAUUAAAUUGAUGGACCUCCCUAUGGAACGAUAUAUCUCUCGCUCUCAUCCCCUUGAAGACACCUUAAGCAAUUCGUACUAUACAGGGUAGAAAUCCCAGAAGGGGAGCAAUCAAAAACAAUGGCAGAGCCAGGCACGGAACAAACUCCAUAUCCAGAGCCUGGAGAACCACCAGUUCCCGACAAAGCGCUUCAACUCCAAAUCCUUCUUAUCCUGUGUCUGAGCGUGUACAUAAUCACUGCGAUCUGUCUUCUUCUGAAAUCCUACUGUAUUGCCUAUGGCACUCUCGACUUCACCUCUACGCCUGCAACAACCCCAGACCAUACAGCCGCUUGGAAUUCACUCCAGCGCCUGAAAUCGCUUAACCGCGUCGCGCCUCUCAAGCGUUAUGAUUCGUGGUAUACCUCAACCGUCUGUCAUGAACGGAGUCCGUUGUUAAGUAGGGAUUGGGAAAGUAGCAUCUGUGCAAUAUGCCUCGAAACUGUGAACAAAGCAGAUGUGAUACAUGCAUUGCCCUUCGCAGCAUGGAAUAAAUCUAUCAUCCAAAGUUGUUUCAGAAUCAAAUUAGUCGAGUCCAGACAACCUGACUUUGGCUCUCAAUCCUCACUUCUCCCGCUUUCUCUCGUCUACCCCUUCGAGAUUUACAUCCCACACAGCGCGCUUUUUGCUCUCAACAGUGUCAUUGAAUCUGUAACUGGUGACUAUUUCAACAUCCAGAAACAUACAAUGAGUUGA